AUGGUCACCGAGAGUUCACAUUUCAACAUUUCCAGUGCAGUCAAGAACACGAAGAUGGGCAACUCUAACCAGAAACCAGCUACGACGUCGGCUGCUUCUUCACCCACUACCCUCGCAACGCCCUCGAUCGACGUCGCCACAACCCCACUCUUGGUCCACGUGCCGCUCAGUUUGGAAAACGCCGACGCCAGCGAGAUGCAGCAACUCGCCGACGACGUCUGCGUUGCCUUGCGAGCACGAGUUGCCGGCUACGACGACAUCAAUGUCGACGACUUGGUGCUCACGCACUUGACUGGUGCCAUGACCAACGUGAUCUUCACCUGCCACAAGAAGUCCGCGCCCGAAGACCGAGUGCUGCUUCGUCUGUACGGGGCCGGCACGGAAGCAUUCUUCUCCCGCCAAGAAGAGAUCCUCGUGUUUAAGGAACUGUCCCUGUUAAACCUUGGCAUUGGGUUGGUCGGGGAGUUCCAAAACGGCCGCUUCGAGCGCAUGAUCGAGGGCCGUACGUGCACUGCAGAAGACAUCCGACGCCCAGAGCUCUCGGAAAUGAUCGCUGCGAAGAUGGCCGUGUUCCACACGACCCAAGUUGACAUGGACCGCAAGCCACGCAUCCUCGCGAGCAUCCGCAAGCUAUUCAAGGACGCCCAGGCCGCGUAUGCGACGACCCAUCGGCAGUUUCCUGACGUGGACGCCAUGGCGGCGGACAUUGCCGCGCUGGAGGCGCUGCUGGCGACCGUGGACUCCCCCGUCGUGUUUUGCCACAACGAUUUGCAGUACGGCAACAUCAUGCUCUCGACUAGCACUGGACAAGACAAAGACGGCGAAGAUGCUGUCCUGAUUGACUUUGAGUACAGCCACUACAACCCCCGAGGGUACGACAUCGGCAACCACUUUUCGGAAUGGUGCUACAACUACCACGGCGACGCGCCCCACUUGGGCGACUUUGCCAAGUACCCGACGGCGGCGGACCAGCGGCGCUUCUGCCGCGCCUACUUGUCGUCCCAGUCGGCGACCUGCGAUGACGUGGCAGACGCACACGUGGACCAGCUAAGACACGAAGCCAACGUGUACGCGAACGCCACGCACUUGUUUUGGGCCCUCUGGGGCUUUAUCCAAGCCACGCAGUCCACCAUCGACUUUGACUACUUUGGCUACGCAACGUGCCGGUGGCACGCGUUCAAGACGCGUGUGACACUGUCAAACGAUGUCAAGUAGAGAAAUAGUAGCCGCCCUACGUCAUUGACAAUUGCAUUAAUACAAUAAUUACUUGGAUAAGAG